AGGCAGCACUUGCAUCGGGAGCUGAGCGAAGCAAGAGCCUUUUUCUCCUCGUCCCCACCGCAGCAUCAAAGCCGAGACUUCCCCCUGCCACAUGCGCCCCGCCUCCGCAGCAGCACAGCACGGUGCUGUGCAGCGCCGCUCGAAAAGCCUCACCGGUCCACUCGCUCCCCAAACCCUGCCUCCGCAGUCAUGGAGUUCCGCUUCCGCGCUGGCGACCGCAGGCCGCGCCGCCCCUCCUGCUCCUCCUCAUCCGCCCGGUUCUCCCGUCCCCGCGACCGACGCUUCACGCAGCGAGGUAAGCACCGACUGACAGAGGUAAGCACAGACAGUGUCCGCUCCCGCGCAGCCGGGCCAUUCCAUGGAGGGCCGCCGCCGUUCGAGUGGGAGGCUGCGGCGCGGCGCGAGCGGAUCAUCCGCGAGGAGGUGGAGCGCCGGCUCAUCGAGGAGGAGGUCCGCCGCGAGCUCGCCCUCGCGCGCGCCCGGCUCCACGGCGGGUUAGAGCCCGGACCGUUCUUCAGAUCCGACGGCCGCUUCGUGCCGCCACCGCCGGUCUCUUUCUUCGGUCCCGAUGGCCCUUCCAUGCCACCACCACCGGUCCCUUUCUUCGGUCUUGACAGGCCUUUCAUGCCGCCGCCGCCGCCGAUACCGGUGGGCAUGCACCCGAACGCGCCGCCGCCGGCUUUGUUCAGCGCAUGGGUGGGGUUUGGGCAGUUCGUGAUCCGGCGGCAAGCGGGUUUUGGGCAAAGGGAACUCCUCGGUGAGGCGAAGAGGCCGCCCCUGUCGCCGCCGAAGCAUAAGCUCGAGCUGCGCGAGAUCGAGCCCAGCGAGAGCUCCGAGGUUCUUUCAUCAGAGACAAAGAUUUCUGGUGUGAAGAGGAAGGCAAAUGUGAUUGCUGCAACUACUGAAUCAGCACUUCCAUCAGAGACUAAGAUUUCUGGUGUGAAGAGGAAGGCAGUUGUGAUUGCUGCAAUUACUGAACCAACACUUUCAUCAGACACAAAGAUUUCUAGUGUGAAGAGGAAGGCAGAUGUGAUUGCUGCAACUACUGAACGAAGACUUUCAUCAGAGACAGAGAUUUCUGGUAUGAAGAGGAGGGCAAAUGUGAUUGAUACAACCACUGAACCAACAAAAUUACAAAAAGCAGCCCAGGACUGGAGUUGUGCUCUGUGUCAAGUGACCACAACUAGUGAGGCUGGUCUUCAUGAACAUCUUCAAGGGAAAAAGCAUAAGGCAAAUCUGGCUCAAUGUGGAGCCAGCAAGGCAAUCGAUGAUGACAAAAGUGGCUUGCAGGCAACAACCGGGAAUAAGAAUGGCGUCGGCACUAGCGAUGCACCUAAGAAAAUAUGCAUCCUAGUCGAUGGAGUAAUGCAUGAAGUUGUUCAGAAAAGCAAUUAUCUGUGGUGUGGGCGCUGCAGGGUCAGGUGCAACAACAACGUCACCAUGGCUGGCCAUCUGCGGGGCAGGAAGCACAGUUUAUUGAAUAAGGUUUGGAUGUCGAUAAAGACUUUGAGAAUGAACAAGAUAAGUAAGGAAGAUUCAGCUGCUGCAUACGAGAGAAAGGUAAAUGAAAAUGGCCCUACUGAAAUUCCAGAGGAAGAUAAGGGAAGCACAUACAUGGCCACUGAGUUAAAUGAAAAUGGUCCUAUUAGAAUUCCUGUGGAAAUCAAGAAGGAAGCCACUGACAUGGCCGAAGAAGUAAAUGAGAAUGUACCUAAUAUAAUUUCUGUGCGAAUCAAGAAGGAAGACACUGACAUGGCGAGUGAAGUAAAUAAAUAUGGCCCCAUUGAAAUUCCUAUGGAAAUCAAGCAGGAGGGCUCUGACAUGGCUGUGGAUGUAAAUACAAAUAGAACUAUUGAAAUUCCAGCGGAAAUCAAGAAAGAAGGCACAGAAAUGGACAGGGAGGUAAAUGAAAAUAGGUCCAAGGAAACCACAGAUGUGACACUACUUGUGCCAAAGGAGGAAUAACACGUUACGUUCGUGUUUUUUCCUUAAAAAUAACUUUAUCCUGAAGCAUAGCCCAAGCCCCGUUUCAUUCUGGGAUCUAACAAUUUUCUCAGAGACAAUGUCUUCUUGGUAAAUUGCUUGGCUACUGGUAAAAAAGUUAUAUGACAUGCUUUUUUCGUACAUGGUGCCAUAGAUGGCUUGUAGUUCUAGGGAUUUAGUAUCAGUGUCCAAGCAGAUUUGCAUGAUAACAUUCUGUCUUUUAGAACCUGUUACACUCUGUAAAGCUCAUAGACCUUGUUAGAGGGUAACAGACUCACAGAAGAGACUGUUGGAUAGAUAGAUCUCGGAGUGGAACUAAUGUGGGCAUGUUUUUGAAAUGGAGUGGACUUCUGAAGUUCUGAUGAUAAAUGUCGGUUGCUGUA